CCGCGCCGCCGCCCGCUGCCCACGGAGCCCGGAUCUCUCGGCGAGGCGGCUGGGCAGCGCAGCGCCGCCGCGGAGCCGCCACCGGCCAUGGGCGACAAAGGCACCAGAGUGUUCAAGAAGGCCAGCCCCAACGGGAAGCUCACCGUGUACCUUGGAAAAAGGGACUUUGUGGACCAUAUAGAUGUUGUUGAUCCAGUCGAUGGCGUUGUGCUGGUUGAUCCGGACUACUUAAAAGAAAGGAAAGUUUUCGUGACGCUGACAUGCGCCUUCCGCUACGGCCGCGAGGACCUGGACGUCCUGGGCCUGACCUUUCGCAAAGACCUUUUCGUAGCCAACAUCCAGGCGUUCCCCCCAGUCCCGGAGGAGAAGAAACCCCUGACACGUCUCCAGGAACGGCUGAUUAAGAAGCUCGGUGAGCACGCCUACCCAUUUACCUUCGAGAUCCCUCCCAACCUUCCCUGCUCUGUGACGCUGCAGCCUGGACCCGAGGACACAGGAAAGGCUUGCGGUGUUGACUAUGAGGUCAAAGCUUUCUGCGCAGAGACUCUGGAGGAGAAGAUUCACAAGAGGAACUCCGUGCGCUUGGUGAUCCGCAAAGUCCAAUAUGCCCCCGAGCGCCCGGGGCCGCAGCCCAUGGCCGAGACCACCCGGCAGUUCCUCAUGUCUGAUAAGCCCUUGCACUUGGAGGCUUCCCUGGACAAAGAGAUCUACUACCAUGGGGAACCAAUCAACGUCAACGUCCACGUGACGAAUAACACCAACAAGACAGUGAAGAAGAUUAAAAUCUCAGUGCGCCAGUAUGCAGACAUUUGCCUGUUUAACACAGCCCAGUACAAAUGCCCAGUCGCAGUGGAGGAAGCAGAUGAUGUGGUGGCUCCAAGUUCGACUUUUUGCAAAGUCUACACUCUGACCCCGUUCCUCGCCAACAACCGGGAGAAACGCGGCCUCGCCUUAGAUGGGAAGCUUAAGCACGAAGACACCAAUCUGGCUUCCAGCACGCUGUUGCGAGAUGGAGCCAACAAAGAAGUCCUGGGCAUCAUCGUCUCUUACAAAGUCAAAGUGAAGCUGGUCGUGUCCCGGGGAGGCCUGCUAGGAGACCUUGCGUCCAGCGACGUGGCCGUGGAGUUGCCGUUCACCCUCAUGCACCCGAAACCGAAGGAGGAGCCCUUGCACCGGGACGUUCCAGAAAAUGAAGCUCCCAUUGACACAAAUCUCAUAGAACUUGACACAAAUGACGACGACAUUGUUUUCGAAGACUUUGCGCGGCAGAGACUGAAGGGCAUGAAAGACGAGAAGGAGGAAGAGGAGGACGGGACGAACUCCCCGCAGCUGAACGACAGAUAAGCGGCCCCACGCCGUCUCCCUGGGUUUCCGAGCCUGACACCUGA